AUGCUGGGAGAGCUGCAGGAGGAACGUCAAAGCAAGGCUCCGCCUGCUGCAGACGAGCGUAGAGCAGCCAAGAAGCGACGCAAGGGAGACGCCGGACAAUGGCACCUCGAAAGCACAAAGGCAGUCAAGUCUCUAUCCGCGAGCGACUACGCUAAGCUCGUCCAGGACUGUCCUACCGGCCAUCUGCUUGAUGCUACCACGGAGGAUACUCCUAGAGCCGGAGGUCGACGUAGCCUCAGAAGAUGGCUGCCUCCCAGAGCUCAUCGGCUCCCCUUCAUGAGACAUUUUGUCGAAGAGCUUCACGAGGACGUAGCCAUCCUGCUCAACACCUUCGCCUCGCAAUGGAAACAGAUCAAGAUGGCACUUGAGCGGCAAGACGAGCAGGCCGGCAGUAGCUCGGCUGCUAGAAGUCCCAUGACAUAUGCUCGUGCAUCAGAGCUGGCUCUCGCUGGGCCACUAGCCCUUUUCGUCUCCAUAUGGAAGCGCCUCGGCUGGCAUGCCGUGCAGCUGCAUUGGAGCGAGGAAGCGGAGACGAGGGCGCGCUUCUUUGAAGUGACCUCGCGAGCAUUUCUCAAUCCUUGCUCAUUGCUGAGCGAAUCAUCGACUGAAGACGAGCUGCUUGCUGCAACUGCAGCAGUGUACGCCCUCUACCUCCUCCACACCUUGCAACCAAGCCCACCAGUCCCUAUUCCCGGGCUGCAAAACUCCUACUACAGAUGGGCGUUCCUGCCAGGGCAACGGGAAGAUGCAAGCUGGAAUCCUUAUGCGGAGGCUGGAAGGCAAAGGAUCAAGGUCGAGAUUGAUGUGCUGGAGAAGAUGAUGGCGCUUCCGCAAAAGGCCAGCGCUGCCUUGAGUAUGUCAAGGCAGGCUUUAGAUGAUCUCCACGCACGUCUCAAAUUGGCAAGAGACGACGACCGUCUCGACUUCUGCACCGAUACUCGGUAUGUCCUCCGCAAGCUUUGCGGCGAAGCAGCAUCUGCGGAUACUGCCUCCAGACAUGAAGUCUCUGCAUUUCACGUACUCCCGCACUCGAGUAUACCCGGCAUCCGCAAUCCACCGCACCUGCCCUUUUUCGAGGACGUCAGUAGCGAGGCAAAGCAGAAGAAGGAAGGCAAGUGGGGAAAUCUCAAGCCAAAAGCGGGGGCAGUGCACGAUGUGGACACAGUUUCAACAGAUCAGAGGCCCAUCAAUCUUUCUCGAUCGGACAACCUCCUUAUACGAGCGGCCGAGCAGCUCCGGCAGCCUCUGAAUGCUUCCACGCUCCCUCCACUCGCUGCGCAGACGAGCGCUGCAGAUCAGUCAACGUCCUACGACUUCGCUCAGAAGGACACAGCUACUGCCUGGGCUGGCUCUUGGAUCGAAGUUCCCUUCCGAAGCAAGGAGUUACCGCGGCGGGCGAAAUGGGAGGCCAGUCAGAGGGAUGUGGAACGUCUCAGCCAAUCCUACGAGCAGAGCAAGGCUGAAGUGGCAGGUUCGAGCUCACCGGCGAGCAUGCUCAAUAUCGAUCUCGUGAAGCUCAUGAAGGGAGAUACUGCCUGGAGUGGACGAAGUGUGGACGAACAGCUGCAGCAGAUGAGAGAUGUACCCCUCACUAGUGCCGAGAGCAUCUUUGAAGAAGCGCGGAAAUUGACGGGAGACACAAUCCUUCGAGGGAUGGCGAAGAAGGCCAAUGGGACAACCACCCAGGUAAAGAAGUAG